AUGUUUUCAGAAAUAAUACCUUCAUUAAUGGAAUAUUCUCAACAUCUGGAUCGUACCAUUAAGGAAUUACAACAAUAAAUCUUGUAAAUGGAAACUAUAACGAAUAAAACAAAUUCACAUAAAAGACCUCUUGAAAUGAAAUAUUUAUAACAUAAAUCUUCACUUCCAUCAACUCUCCCUGAUGUUAAUAAUGAUAUAGAUAAAAUUCUUUAAACAGCUGAAUAAUUUUUAUCUGAUCCCAACAAGACAUAAAUUGAACCUAAGAAAUAAGAAAAGCAAGAUUUUGAAUAACCAAAAAGAAAAUUAGAAUCCAUCAAGUAGUCAAAUAACAAGAAGUAAAUUCUGUCUCGUAAAGUGAGUCAAAAAAAGUUAUCACCUUCUAAAGUAUCAAUGCAUAAAAGAUCUGGAUCAUUAUAUAAAUAAGAAGUGACACCAAAAGUUACUUAAGUUUAACCUAAAUUUCCAAUGUAAUAAAGAGAAUCAACUAAAUCAUUUAAGGAUUAAAGCAGAUUAAUAAAAUAAUCACCAACUAAAUCAAUUCAUGAGAAAAAUUCAAUUUUUAUUGAAGAUUAAAGUAAAGCUAAACCACCUAUUCCUGUUGUUUAGCCAGUUAGAAAAUAAGCAUCAUAACCAUAUUUAUAAUUAUAACCCAUCCCAUAAUAAUAAUAAUAACAAUAAUAAUAAAAUUUGAAUUCAUCUUACUCAUAACCAUAAAACAAUAACAAAAUCGAGAACACCUAACAAUAAUAAUAAAAUGUAUUAAAGAAAUUUGAUUUUAAUGGUUAUAAGGAAUUGAGUAGAUUGAAAAGAAUGAAAGAUGCCAUUUUUGUUGAAUAUUAAUAAAGUUAUAUAUAUUUUAGAGAAAAAGAAUAAAAAUCUAGAGCUAGAUUUCUAACUAAAUUCCAUCAACAUAUGAAUGAAAGAAAAAAAUUGCUAUAAUAAUCUGCUUAUGGAGAUAAAUAAACAUUUUUUUUCCUUAGUGAUUAAAUACAUCCAUAAUACUUUUCAUUUAUUGAAGAACAAUUAACUAUUGGAUAGCCGAAAACUCUUUUAAUCCUUAAAUAUUGCGAAUAAGUCUAAAAAACUAUUGAUUAAAUUGAAGUAAGUCUCUAUUCUCUAUUUUCAGUUUGAUGACGAAUUGUUAAAGAAUCUUAAAAGAGCCAAUAAAUACAAUAUUUCUAAGAUAUCCUUAACAGAAUUAAUCGAAGUAUUUAAAUUAUGGAGUCAAGUCUAAAUUAUUCGAUAAAAUUAUCAAUAACUCACAUAAUUUAUAUAGCCCAUACCAGAAUUGACCUACGAUUUGAUAUAGUGGAUUUGUUUAAGACCUAAAAUUAUCAAGAAAGAAAAAGUCUAAAUGUAAUUAAGUCAAAAAGUUAUUCGUUCUAAUUAAUUUGCAUCAUCUUAGGAAGAAGCACUUGAAACAAAUAAACUUAUUAUAAAAGAAGAGAUCUUUCGAUUUUUAUGGGAUAUCAUUCAAAAAUUAGUAUUCUCAUAAUAAUAACUUGAAACUUCAAUGACUUUAUUCAAAUCCAUUCUCAAAUUCCUAACUAAAAACAAUUGCAGUAUCUAUGUGUAUAAGAAAUCAGAUUUAUUUAUAUGA